UUUUCCUGGGGUUUCAACAAUGAUGGAGCUCUGGGCCUCGGGACCACAGAUGCUGUUGGAUCGCCCUGUCCAAUCAUAGCCCUCCAAGGACUGCUGGUGGUCAGUGUGGCGUGUGGUGGAGGGUCGGAGGAGCAGCACUCAGCAGCAGUUACGGAGCAGGGGCAGGUCUACACGUGGGGGUCUGGGAAGAGUGGGCAGCUGGGUCAUGGAGAUAGUCAGAAUUUGGUUCUGCCGCGACUGAUCGUCGGCUUGCAAUCAAACCCGAUAGUGGAGGUUGCGUGCGGGUCGGCACACACGGUGGUUGUUUCCAAGGCAGGGCUUGUGUUCGCGUGGGGCUGGGGACAUUUCGGACAGCUAGGAGUCGGCAGCACACACAACUCCAACGACCCUGUCCAAGUCACUUCUCUUGACGGCGUCAAAGUCUGUAAGGUCGCAUGUGGAUCCGCACAUACGGCUGUCGUGACAGAGAGCGGCCACGUGUACACCUGGGGAUGGGGAGUGAACGGACAGCUCGGGCAUGGCGAUGACGCGAGUCAGUCGCGUCCCAUGUACGUGAAGAAACUGCAUGGAAUCUACGUCUCAACACUUGCUUGUGGCCUCGCACAUACGGUUGUCGUCUCUGAAGUGGAUCGUGCUGUUUUCUCUUGGGGCUGGGAUGAGUACGGACAACUUGGUCAUGGCGGUUGGGACAUCUUCGGUGGAAACAAGAAUAGAUCUCCUCGUCCCAUCAAAGAUCUCCAACAGAUAGCAUGUGGCAGCUCCUACACUCUUGCCUUGUCGUCUCGUGGAGAUGUAUACGCGUUUGGGUGGGGGAAAGAUGGGCAGCUAGGU